GUGGGUUGGUCUCUUUGGUCAAGUCCUUACUUGGAAAUUUCAAGGGUCGAUCUUAUUAAUCAUAAUUCCUAUAAAUUCCCACAAACCAUUGCAUAUUUUUUUUGCUGCUCAACAAAUUGUAUUGAUCAAGGAGAGCUUUCUGCAUUCCAUUUUCUAGAGAGAGAAAGAGAGGAGGGAGAGAGAGAGAGAGAUGGAUAAAGCACUCAACAGACAGAAGGUUCUGCUUCAGCAUUUGAGACCCAGUUCUUCUGUUUCUUCUCCAGAUUAUGAAUCUGCUGCUCUCUCUGCUUCAACAUGUGCAGCUGGGGAUAGCGCUGCAUACCAUAGAACAUCUGCUUUUGGAGACGAUAUAGUGAUUGUGGCAGCCUACCGGACUGCCAUUUGCAAGGCGAAGCGUGGCGGUUUUAAGGACACUUUGCCAGAUGAUUUACUGGCGCCUGUUUUAAAGGCGGUGAUAGAGAGAACAAAUUUGAACCCAAAGGAGGUGGGGGAUAUAGUUGUUGGUACAGUUCUGGCACCUGGCUCACUUAGAGCAAUGGAAUGCAGGAUGGCAGCGUUUUACGCUGGCUUUCCAGAUACGGUUCCCAUUAGAACUGUUAACAGGCAAUGUUCAUCUGGCCUUCAGGCAGUUGCUGAUGUAGCUGCUGCUAUAAAAGCAGGAUAUUACGACAUUGGCAUUGCAGCUGGAUUGGAGUCCAUGACAGUUGAUAACAUUGGCGGAUUAAGUAAAGUUAACCCUAAGGUGGAUAUCUUUGCACAAGCACGCGACUGCCUUCUUCCCAUGGGUGUUACUUCUGAAAAUGUUGCCCAGCGAUAUGGUGUGACCCGGCAGGAACAAGACAGAGCCGCUGUAGAAUCACAUAGGCGUGCUGCUGCAGCGACAGCAUCUGGUAAAUUCAAAGAUGAAAUUGUCCCUGUAUCUACCAAGAUUGUGGACCCAAAAACUGGAGAGGAGAGGCCUGUUACAAUCUCUGUGGAUGAUGGGUUCCGUCCAAAUGCAAACAUGAACGAUUUGGCAAAACUAAAGCCUGCAUUCAAACGAGAUGGUUCUACAACUGCAGGAAAUGCUAGCCAGGUGAGUGACGGUGCUGGAGCAGUCCUCCUUAUGAAGAGAAGUUUAGCUAUGCAGAAGGGACUUCCUAUUUUUGGUGUUUUCAGGAGUUUUGCUGCUGUUGGUGUGGAUCCCGCUGUCAUGGGAGUUGGUCCAGCUGCUGCAAUUCCGGUAGCAGUGAAGUCUGCUGGCCUUGAGAUUGAUGAUAUAGAUCUAUUUGAGAUAAAUGAGGCAUUUGCAUCUCAGUAUGUAUAUUGUGUCAAGAAAUUGGAGCUUGAUCCUGAGAAAGUCAAUGUUAACGGAGGCGCUAUUGCUCUAGGGCAUCCUUUAGGUGCUACAGGUGCUCGCUGUGUUGCAACUCUCCUGAAUGAGAUGAAGCGUCGUGGCAAGGAUAACCGCUUUGGUGUGAUCUCCAUGUGCAUAGGCUCAGGUAUGGGGGCUGCUGCAGUUUUUGAAAGAGGGGACUCAGUUGAUGAGUUAAGCAAUGCUAGAGCUGUCUAGAGGAACAAUAUUUUGCCAAACGAAGUUACAUAGAGCAUCUUGGUAAAUUUUGUUGGUUCAUCAAAAUAAAUACCCGACUGGGAUGUAUUUCGAAGCCUAAUUAAUAAAGCUCCCUAAAUCUUGUUAAGUUUGCGAAUAUUCGGCUUUUUUCUGUUA